AUGGACAAGUCCUCUGUCAAACCCAGAGCGCCAUUUCGUCAGAAUCGUAGCAACGACCAGCAUGUCAACUACUCUUCUUCCAAGGAUCCUCACUUCAACGGCGAGGAAAAGAAGGCGUAUUUCUCUUGGACGGCUUUGUUGACCCACAAGGGAACCAAUGUGUUUCUGCCGGUAGCAGUCUUGUUCCUUUUGCUGGUGUGUUUUGGGCAUCCGAGGUUUUCCGCGGAAACAAACGAAGGAACGAGCAAGGAUGGAGAAAGGCGCAACAAAGUUCUGAACUCUGGUGCUUUCUCCAGACGGGAUGAAGCAUCAUAUGAGAACAUCUCGCGGGGACCCACCAUAUCAGCUACAAAGGCUCUAAAGGUCAGCUAUCCGAUCUUUGUGGCCUCGUUUUCAAAAAGCGGCACUACCAGUGCGUACUAUGCCUUUGAGUGCUACUUGGGCCCGGAAUAUGUCGCCCAUCGCUGGACUACCAGUGCUGCCAAGGGAGGAGCACCCGAACUCAUUGGACGCUGUAUGGAACAAAACAUUCACAACCAAAGACCACCCUUUGCUGGCUGUGGUACCAAUGGCAACAACAAUCUUACACAGACAGUGGUAUGGACCGAUACGGCGUAUAUGGGGGGAGAAAGUGGCUGUUACCAUCCCAAUUUGGAUGCACUUGAUCAAAUAUGGGACGCCUACCCCCAUGCCACACUUUUAUUGGUGAGGCGCAAUGCCACGGAAUGGUUUCAUUCGGCCAAUUCGCAACGGGCAUUCUUUAUUGCCAAGUGGGCCAAGUCAUGCCCCCAAAUGCCAAACGAACUCGACAUGGACGUGUGGGUGGAGUUUUAUCAGAACUACACAGAUAGAGUCCGCGAGUUUGCGCGGCAGCGACGUGGACAAAUGACCUAUGUCGAAGUCGAGCUGGAAAGUCCUGAUACUGGAAGAAUACUACAAGACCAAAUUGGAUUGCCCGCAUCUUGUUGGAAACAUUGCAAGUCCAGUUUUAUCAAAGAGAAAUGCAAGGAUCUUCAGUAA